GUCACACAGACAUCGUCUCUGUGUUGAUCACCUACAUAACCGGACAACACAUGCGACGCCGGAGUGACUUUGGAAAUACCAGUCGGAAAUGGACAAUCUACUUCUAUAUCAGGUCAUGGUGUCUUACCUGACCACUCACGUGGUAUCCAUGACAACAGUGUACAUGGACGACCACUGUAAUCAGACGUUUAUAGUAGAUGAUUCUGUGAGGAUCGAGUCCUCUAGAGGUGGCUACCUCACGGCGAGGAUGUCAUGCAACAUCUUCCUCAUCUCUAACAGUAAGGAGACAAACGAGUUGGUCCAGAUACGGUCCUUCAACAUAUCGUGUGCCCAGGGCUUCUUAUCACUCUACGACGGCAAGGGUAUUGUACCAAACAACGGAUUAGCCAGUGGACUUUGUGGUAAAAAGUCCAUGCUUCCUAUGACCGUGUUUAACUCAACACUCCAUGGAUUCACUCUCCAGCUCACAACGGAUAACUGGAAUUUCUAUGGCGGAUUUGACGUACUGGUGACGUCGUACUUUAAAGAUGGUCCCUGCUCUACACGUGAGUAUCAGUGCUCCAAUACCUGGUGUAUCGCCCGGAACCUCCACUGUGACGGUUUCGACAACUGUGGGGACUCCAGUGACGAGCUGCGCUGUGGUGCUCGAACUUUACAUUCCUCACGAUAUCUUCUAAUGGCGGUGUUAUUGUUACUUACGGCAGUACAUCACUAAAUAUAGAUCUACUACAUUGUUAUUAAUAUACAUCACUUUGUUAACCAGAAAAAGCAUUAACUGCGAUUGAUAUGAUACAGUUUAUAUACAUUAUCAAGUAUCCAAGACUUGUAAAACUGAACUCUUAUAAAACUGAACUCUUAUAAAACAAUAGGAUGUUGGCAGCGGGGAUUUUUUAACAUGUAAGGCGGGAUUCCGCACCAACAACAUCACUUGGACGUGGACACCAGAAUGCUGUGUUAAAUAUAGAGACAAUGUUAUUGGAAUGUAUAAUUACUUACGUAUAUCUUUAUUGCUUAAAGUAUCGAAUGAAAAGAACACAACAUCUUGUAAGCGGCUUGUUUCAACAGCAAGGACAGACAUCGUUUAGCACGACACAAUGUAGCCUAAAUUUUAUCUGGCGAGAUAUUGUCAAUAUUCGGCUUACCACUUACUGAUAAUGCAGUGUAAUCUGCAUUGCGACCUGCAUUAACCAAAAUGAUGAAUAAAGUUUCAAAGUAUUGUUUGUUUCAUCAAGGCGAGCUUCACCCAUUGGACAUGGAAAGACAUGGGGUCAACUGUCCAUACACGUGGGCUUUCUUCGGUUUGUCCUCACGAUGAGAAAAGCUCGUGAGCUCACACCCGUCUAAUAAGAAUGAUGAAGUAGAGGAAGUUGUUUCACAAUUGCUGUAACGUCAGUGACGUUUAUAUUUUUCACGUGACAUCUAGUGGAGCCGUAUCCAUGGUUAAAUGUAAAUGGGCAGUGUUGGUAACCUUUGGAGCCGUAUCCAUGGUUAAUGUGGACAGUGUUGAUAUCCUUUGGAGCCGUAUCCGUGGUUAAUGUGGACAGUGUUGAUAUCCGUUGUAGCCGUAUCCAUGGUUAAUGUGGACAGUGUUGAUAACCUUUGGAGCCGUAUCCAUGGUUAAUGUGGACAGUGUUGAUAUCCUUUGGAGCCGUAUCCAUGGUUAAUGUGGACAGUGUUGAUAUCCUUUGGAGCCGUAUCCAUGGUUAAAUGUAAGUGGACAUAGUAUUGAUAACCUUAUAACUGUUAUACGUGUUGUUUGGACUAUCCUCUGAACAGCGGACACGUGGCCGACGGUGGACAACAACAGGACUACCAAAGCUUAUUGAGUUAGGUUUAUUAGAGAUCACAGUUUAACACACAGACAUUCGCAACCAUCCACACUUCACAAGUAACCACUUUGUAUUUACAUUCUUCAUUGGAAUAAAAUUACACAUUAUGUCACGGACGUCUGAAUUAAGAACCUACCUAUCCGGAAACUUGCCGGGUAAACACGUUUUAGAGAAGCGCCCCACAAAAGCUACCGAGUCAAUUCUAUACUAAUAACACCAAAAUGUCAACCAAAUAUAAGUGUAAAAUGUAGGUUGUAAAUCCGCGACUAGUAUGAUAACGAGAAUGGUGUACGUACUGUUCAUCAAACAGGCCAUCAAUCCUUCAUAGCUGACUUAGUAACCGUUCUAUCUCGUUGAAACCUAGAGGGCAACCAUUUAACACAAACGAUAAUCGAGUCAAGUAGAAAACAUUCAGAGGGAAAUCCAUUUAACACAAACAUUUCCUACUAACAGUUCCUGUUACACGUGCAUACGGACAUAUAUCAGAUUUACAUUGUGAGCGGCGAUUUAGUUUAUAAAACAUCAAACAAAAGAAUGUAAAGAAGAGCAUGCUGUCACUCAUACAGUCAACAAUACAACUACUACCUGCAGAACCAGAUUCACACUUUUUUCUCUCGAAAAGUUGCAUAAUAAAUACAUGUAACUUCAGGAUGGUUAAGAGCAUGCUUUGGAAUGGGGUCUCCACUUUCAAGUAUGGCAAUUAUUAAUAUUUCCCUUCGAUGUUGUUUUCAGUCAAAUAAGUUAUAGUCUAUAGCUAAUUAAGUUGGUACUGACGCCAACCUCAUCUCGUGUUACUACCCAGAAAACCAAUAUUAAUACAUUCUUACUUAAUCAUCGAACAGGUCUUAAGUAUGUUUACACCUACGUAAUAGUAGUGGGGUAUUGGUACCUUCACCGAGGUUCAUCUGCCUUGUUUCUUGUCGAUUUUCCUCUACUCUGUUAAGUUUUCUUUAACACAAUAAAUCACCAAUCUUCGCGUCA